GCAUUGAUUGAUGGAGAGACCUUCGUCUGGUCAGCUAACAUUACUGCCAAGCAGGUGAAAUAUAGAGUGAUAUUGUGGUUUUAGCUGACGUGUGUCGUCUUACUGUUUUGACCAAUGCGCAUUCAUGUCUAUGUAGAGCGAGCACAAGCGCGAGCGUGAGCAACAGGACGCUGACUUUAGUUGACUUAACAGCUUAACUGGUUUCGCCGAUUUUUAAACAUUGAUCAAGGAGGAGGAGAUUUGCAAAAGCCAGCAGAGAGAGGAGCUGCUGUAGACAGGACAUCAGAAAGAACCACCGUACCGGCUUCACAUGAGCCCUUUUACAAUCAGAAUUUGGCUCCUGAUUCUUGUUUUUCUCGACUAACUCAACUUUUGUCAGUCAUGUCGGAGGAAGAACAGUUGUCCUACAGCGAAGCCAUGGAGAAGGCGAGCCCCUCUAUCACCCGCUUCCCUCUCAUCCCCAUCAGAGGAGUUCCUCUCAUGAACCUCAUCGCCAACAACUGGGACGACAUCUGGGCUUUCCGUCCUGACCCCUCAGAUCUCCUCAUCGCCACCUACCCCAAAGCAGGGACCACAUGGACCCAGGAGAUAGUUGACCUGCUCCUUCACAACGGAGAUGCUGAGGCCUGCAGACGAGCACCAACAUACCUCCGCAGUCCUUGCCUGGAGUGGUUCUCCCCACCACCCAUCCCCUCAGGUCUUGAUCUUCUGAAGACCAUGGAUCCUCCAAGAAUUAUCAAGACACAUCUUCCUUUCCACUUGGUGCCUCCUGCAUUUUGGGAAAACAAGUGUAAGACUAUCUAUGUGGCACGCAACGCCAAAGACAACAUGGUGAGCUACUACCACUUUGAGAAGAUGAAUCUGACCGCGCCUGAGCCAGGACCCUGGGAGGGCUACAUGCCCAAGUUUAUGCGAGGAGAGUUGUCAUGGGGCUCCUGGUACGAUCAUGUGAAAGGUUACUGGCUGGAGAGAGAGAAGAAGAAUAUCCUUUACCUCUUCUAUGAGGACAUGAAAGAGAAUCCUCGGCGUGAAGUGGAGCGCAUCAUGAGGUACCUGGACUUGUCGGUCUCUGAUGAGGUCAUCAGCAGGAUUGUGGAGCUCACGUCCUUCAAGAACAUGAAGGAGAACCCGAUGACCGACUACUCCUGCGUCCCAGUACAUAUGUUUGAUCAGACCAUCUCCCCCUUCAUGAGAAAAGGUAUAGUAGGUGACUGGAGAAACCAUUUCACACCCGAGCAAUUAAAGACAUUUGAUGAAGAUUACGAAAAGCAAAUGAAGGAUGUCAAUAUACCAUUCAGGACCAACAUUUGACGAGCUAAAUGCCAAAAUAAAAUAAUUAUAAUAUUUUUUGAGCCUUGAUGUUAAACACUGUAAUCGCUGUGCCUCUUGAUUUGUAGAUACGGAGGAAUACCAUCCAAAUGUACGUUUAAAGGAUCAAUAAAAAUGGGCUCCACAAUGCAAGUACAUGAGUUUGUAAUCAUCACUUUAUUGCAGCUUAUCACGUAAACAAUAUAUAAGACCAAAAGUGUUGUGACUGAGUGGACGCGCCCAUUUUCUGCAUUGAGACCUCCAACAGAGUCUGCUGACUGCAUGGAGCCUAUAGAGAGCGCUGGCAGCUGGAGGCAUGUGGUUUUUUUGCCCAUAUGAAGUCAUUUUGCAACCCUACACCACACUGUACAAAGCCCAGCCAAAGAAGGGAGGCUGCACGAGACACGAGCAACAAAGACUAAAAGUAAUGAGCUGGAAAGUCAAUCAUAUGAAAAUGGA